UUCAAGCGGACAGGCUGCAUGUGUUGGGCUGGCCAAGUCAUUUGGUCCAUGGCAUGUCUUAUCGGCGCUAGCCUAGCCUAGCUGGGGACCAACAGUCAGUCAGGAGGAGAGUGGGGGGUUCCUUGGGACCCAGUCAUCAACGAGGGAGAAGGUAGACUUCAUUCACAGUAGCCACCACUAUGAGUAGAGUAUGGUAGAGUAGAAAACCGUUGACAUUCACUGUAAAGGAAACAAGUGUCUGGUAUUGUUGGUUUACAUUUAGAGGGUGGUACAUGUAUUUGUUAAUUAGAUGAAGCAGUCCGAUAAUAGCCAGGGUGGAAGUGUAGACAUGUUUGAUAACUCACAGUAUCCAUAUAACUGCUUCAACUAUGAUGGAGAUGGAUACCCCACCUGCAGCACGGAUGAAGACAAGAAGAUGUGUCGACCUGCUUACAGGUAGAGUGCUUAUGAUUAAUAUAGGAUAAAUAACUUAUAAUGGAAUUAUGAAGAGUAUUGUUAUUAGCAUUAUUCAUGAUCUAAGCUAUUAUAAAUGAUGUAUUUAAGAUAUUACAUUAUGUUUAGUUCGUUUGAAUAUGUGUAAAAAAUAACAAAAUAAAUUAUAAUUAUUUUUGUAUUUUAUAGACCAUAAUAUACAUCACAAAGGAAUGCAAUGCAACCCAUUUAAAAUCUAAAAACCUUUUACUUACUAUCAGUUACCUUAUUUUCUUAAUUUCAAAUAACCAAAUAUUGUUUUAUUAUUUUAUUGAUUUCAUUGUGGUAUCUCAACAAUCUCCUAAUUAAAUCAGUAUCAUUAUUAAGAAUAUUAAACUAGUUUCCCUGAAUAUAAUUUGAAUCAGUCUUAUCAAGAUAUUAUUGGGCAGGGUUAGGUUACUUUCUAAAUGUAAUCCGUUACAGUUACCUGUCCCAAAUUGUAAUCAGUAACGUCACUUUUGGUUUACCAAAACUCAGUAAUGUAAUCGGCUUACUUUCAGGUACUUUUGGAUUACUUUCCCCUUAAUAGGCAUGUAAUCAGUUACUCUCCAACCCUGUUCUUGUGAAUAUCAAUGUGAAAACCAACAAAUAAAUCGUUUUACUUUUUUAAACGUUCUGUCUGCCCUCUCUCCUCAGUUACAUAGCGUUGAUAGCCAUGGCCAUCCAGCAGAGUCCAGAGCACCGGGUCACCCUGUCAGGGAUCUAUGAGUUCAUCAUGAAGCGCUUUCCCUACUACAGGUCAGGAGCUUCACAUGUCUAUUCAACAGCCAUUUUCUGAAGACCUUUCACUAAUUCAGUUUGACAGAGUAGUGUUUCCUUUAUCCACUACAGGUCCAACCAGAGGGCAUGGCAAAACUCCAUAAGACACAACCUCUCUCUCAACAGCUGCUUCGUUAAGGUAAGGGACCUUUUAUCACAUGUUGUGUGAUGAUAUUUUAUCAUUUGAUUAAGAAUCAUUAUCAAACAGAGUACAAAUGUUAUCACAAUCUUCUAUACAAGUUUCACUUGAUAUCAGUCAGAAGAAAAUAUAUAAGACUAUAAUAUUUUAUCCUGAUUGAUGAAAUAUUGUAUGAAACUUUGAAAAUAUAUUACAAUAAUAAGGUAACAAAUAAGACAGGCAUACACGUUUACAUACAGAUGUACAAAUCGACUGUAUGAAUUGUAAGCAAAUACUUUUUUGCACACAAUAUAAUCAAACAUGGUAACAGGCACAACACUGUUUCAUUACAGUACCGUAUAUAGCGCUCACAUUUGAGUGUAAUCUCAAAUAUUAUGGGGUUAUUUCUCUUUUGUUAUUGGUGAGUUUUUUAUUUUCCGUCCAGGUCCCCCGCACGGAGGGAAAUGAGAAAGGAAAAGGCAACUACUGGACCUUCGCCACCGGCUGUGAGUCCAUGCUCGACCUCUUCGAGAACGGCAACUUUCGGCGUCGCCGGCGCCGACGCAACAUGAAGCUAGGUUUCAGAGAGCCUGGGGAGCCUUUCCUCCCAGUAAACAACAAUAACAACAUCAACAACCAACAAGGAGGCUCCACCAGGCGGUCGGAUCGUAACCCUAACCCCGACCCAGACUCCUUCUGCUCCCACAGACCAGGUCACCACAACCCCCUCAACCCCCACAACACCCUCAACCCCCUCAACCCAAACCAGCAGGGGAAACCAGAACCAGAGAUUAAAUUCAGUAUUGACUACAUCCUCUCCACCCCAGACCCCCCUCUGCCGGGCUUCAGACCCCCACAUAGUGGUACAACAGGGCCCCACAUACAUGUUCUGGAGCCCCAACACCUCAACCUGCACUUCUGGACCCUGUGA